CGAUACUCAAAGCUGUCAGCUGACAGUUUCGCGUUCACUUCAGUUUUUGUUAAAUCUUAGAGCCACUCUUUGAAAUCAAUCCUUACUAAACCGGAUAUUUAUUAAAACGGUGGAAUGGCAACGGAAGUCGAACGUUCAGGAGAUGCUCCCGACGAUCUAGAAUCGCUCGACGAUGAAGAAACUAGAAAAACAGAUGAAGACAAUGAUCUAUUUAGCAAUCAAAUUCGGGUUGCUCUUCUGCCACCUCCAGUCAAAAGACGAAUUAAAGCUUUGAAAAAGUUGCAGCUGGCAACCACUCAGAUUGAGGCGGAGUUCUUCAAAGGGUCCACGCUCUUGAGUGCAAGUAUCAUCAGAUGUAUGUGCCGUUGUAUGAAAAACGUACUGCUAUCGUGAAUGGUGGCCAUGAACCUACUGACGAAGAAGCGCAGUGGCCUUCUGACCUCGAAGAUGACUUGCCCGAAAAUGUCAAAGAGAAGAUUGCAGCUGAGAGGGGCAAGCAGAAGGAGACAUCAGGUGAAGGAUGUGAAGAGGAUGAAGACUUCGAAGAAGAAGAAUACGAUGAAGAUGACGAUGAAGAUGAAGGAUGUGAUUCUGAUGUCAAGGAAGACAGUCAAACGAAGAAGCCUGACUGCUGUAAUCAUUAAUGCCUUGAUUGAAAGCAUAUGUACAUGGUUUGUAUAGAUUUUUGGGAAUUUGUAAUCCAUUUACAUAAUCCAAAUAACUGUGUAACUUGAAAAUAAAAGAUAUACAUAGUAA